AUGGUUCGUCUAUUGCAGUUUAGCCGUGACUGUAAUGACGCGGUCGAUACCAUACCAGGACGAAAGUUGGUAAUAUGCUGUGAUGGACGUACGGGCCUAGCGGGCCAGAUUCUUGGUCUGAGUGAUGAAUGUGUCUAUCAUUCGACCGGGGCUUUCGGAGCCCUGGCUGCUAUAGAAAGAAACAACCAAACUCUUGUGCCAAGACCUGACAUCCGGGUCCUCAACAUUGGAUUUGACCUUUCUGCCUAUGUGUCUUCUGAAUAUGAAGAAGAUACAAAGUCCAAGUUCACCUUGAAAAUAUUUGGAAACUCGAGAUGUAGAUUUCUUGCACUUGCUGUGAGAAAAUCCGAUUCUAAAGUUGUUAAAGCGUUGAAAACAGUGUUGGACAAGUCCAUGAUGCGCAAUAUAUUUCUCAAAUGUUUCAACACCUACAAACGACCCGAGGAAUCCAGUAUCAGCGAUUCGUUCUGUCUUAACAACAUGAAGUUUAGUCCUCGUCUCUAUGAAAUACGGCUUUCUCAGAAGACAGAAAGCGCCGCCUACAUAUCCGAUUGUGACCUUUUUGUUAUCGCGGAAGGAGGGGCAUCGAGAUCUUUCAAUUUUAACACAGGAAUGGAUAUUAACCUAGGAAUGAAAGGACUGUCGUCUCUAGAACCAUUUAUAGAAAGAAUAACAGUGGCAGAAACAGAGUACAACAUCAUGUCAUCCCUAAUAUACAAAAUGGAACAUUCCGAUAAAAUAUGCAGUGACUUUCUUAAACAUGGCUUAAAAGAUUAUUUGUUCUUAUGACAUGCAUUUUUGUUAGAGUACAAACUUAUGUUUUUGAUUUUUUUCUUCCUGUGUGUAUUUUUUGCACAAUCUGUUUUGUUAGAAAAUACCUA